UCGCACUUUUUGGUGGGUAUAAAAAGCAGUGCACGUCGGACAGUAAAUCAUUCCACAGCUUCACCGUCUUCGCAACAGUUAACGGAUAACCACAAAAACCCACUCCAAACCCCCCAAAUUCAGAGCCAUGGCCUUCAAGUUCUUUGCUGUUCUCGCCCUCGUGGCUGCCGUCAGUGCUGGUGUUGUCCCUGUCCAGCAGGUGUACCAUGCCCCAGCACCCGCUGUGGCCUAUGCCCAUGGACCUGUUGCCGUGACCCAUGCCCAGCCCGUGCUGGCCAAGCACGACGAUGAGUACGAUCCCCAUCCUCAGUACAAGUUCGCCUACGAUGUGCAGGACGCCCUCUCCGGCGACUCCAAGAGCCAGGUGGAGGAGCGCGACGGCGAUGUGGUCCAUGGCGAGUACUCGCUGAACGACUCCGAUGGCUACCGUCGCAUUGUCCAGUACACCUCGGACCCCGUCAACGGAUUCAAUGCCGUCGUCAACCGCGUGCCCCUCGAUCAUGUCAAGACUGUGGUGAAGACAGUGGCUCCUGUGGCCGUUGCCGCUGCCCCACUGCCAGUGGCCUACCAUCAGCACCACUAAGGAUCACGGCUCUCACUCAAUCCCAUCAUUCCCCUUAACGAAAUGUUUUAGAUGAAUAAAUUGUUGAAUAUUUGUA